CUAUAUAUAUUUCGUCAACAAAAUCUUUAAUUUAAUUAGCCAUGGCCAAUGAAAGGUCAACGUUGUUGAUGUUGCUGAUCUUCUGUUUUAUCAUAGUACAUGAGGUAGAGAUAUACAGUGGUCACCACUUGAUAGUUGCUGCUAUAGAUUGCCCGUCAAAAUGCAGUAAUCGAUGCAGCAAGUCGGGGAGGCAUAAGAUGUGCAUGAGGGCAUGCAAAACUUGCUGUCAAAGGUGCUAUUGCGUGCCGGCCGGGACCGCCGGAAACGAGGAUGUUUGCCCAUGUUAUGCCAACAUGACAACACACGGUGGACGCCACAAAUGCCCUUAAUUAAUUAACCAAUUAAAUUAUAUAUAUGUACGUAAUAAAGUGCGAAUUGAUCUUAACGUGUGAACUUGCGAACUACUUAAAGAUUGCACUGCAUUUACUACAUGAUUGUAUUGCACCAGAUACGAUUUCAUUAUAAAGGUCCUCCAGACAUGCAUGGGAGCCGUUGGGGUGCAAUCACGUAUUAGUUACGGUUUAAUCGUUCAGUAGUUCGAUG